AUGUCUCCCUUUUCCUCCCUCGUCUCUCGCCGUGGUGGUGGUAGCCGUGGCGGACGUGGUGGCUCUGGAUCGUUCGGAGGUCGGGAGCGGAGUCCCUAUGCCGGCGAAGGUAUCAUGAACUUUGGUCCCGGGGAAUGGAGCAGCUGGCCCUUCCCCUACACUGACCAGGAUGGGAACCCUCGUCUUCCUCGUACGCACGCGGAGGGUAUCCAGUCCCUCAUCCAAUACGCUGAACGACCAGGCGGUAACCAGGGUCAGCUUCAACUCCCAGUUGGCGGCGAUGAGCUUGCCCGGAUGUGCACAACUCCGGUGCAGCUCGCGAUCCUUCGGGGUCGUGGACGCCCUAUCUGGCAUGUACGAGGCAACAUUAAUGGGCAGCAAAUUGUCUCCCAGCGACCCUCGUACAUUAAUGCCCUGCUGAUCCAGUCCCGUGGCAAUCAACUCGUUCAGCCUUGCGAGGCUGUAUCCGACUCCCAGGUCAGUUUGGCGGCUGUUGUGGCAAUUCCCCGCAAUGCUACACGGCCAUGGCCACGGCACCCACCUCGUCCCUUACCCGCAACGGAUAUUAUUGACCUAACGGACGACCGGAGUGUCGUCCGGUCGGCCCAAGGGCUAUCCCGUCGGGCCUAUCAACGUCCUCGUGCGGAUAGCGAGGUCCAAGAGAUCACUAUAGUGGAUUUGACUGAAGAGGAGGAUAACCGGCGUCGGACCGAGCCUUCUCAACUUGCUUGGUACGAAGAGGCCUAG